CGCCUGGACCCUGAGCCUGGGCUCUGUCCCCUGAGCGGCUCCGCUGUGGCUCCCAGAGGUGAGGGGGAGGGCGCCUCUCCAGGUUUCCCUCCCAGGUGUGCGCCACCUGCAGGUGGGAUUGCAGGUGGGAUCCCAGCUCUGCCUGUCCCCUCCGAGAGGAACUGGAUCCAUGAAGGGCCGUCCGGGGUGUGUGUUCCAGGCCUGCGCUGUGGCCCGUCGAGCACCCGAAGGUCCCCCUCAGGCGCUGGGUACAGCCGUGACGAGUGACCCUCCGCUGAUUCACUUCAGGUGCAAGUUCAGGUCCACCGCCUGUCCCCCCGGGCCCACCACCAGGGCGGGAACCAGUGGGAACAGCUGGCUUGGUCUGCAGGGGACUUGCUUGGUGCUCAGUGAACAGGUGCCAAGUGGGUGGGUGGAGGGGAGGAGGGAGGGGCGGAGGGAGUGCAGGUCAGCCCUGUGGAAAAAUCCAACCCCUGAGCCAUGAUGUCUGCGUGGACUCUCACCCGCGUCCGAGACCCAGGGAGGCUCUUCGUCCCCCCCGGAGCGGCGCCCCCGCAUCGCUCAGGUCAGACUUCACCCACCCACCUGGAGGAGUCUGUUCUCCGCAGAAGCUCCGACCAGCCCGCUGUGCGCCUGGGAGUCGACGUUCUCGCGCACCGACCUGCCCACACGGAGAGGAAAGCAAGGUGGUCCGUCCCGCUCCUGCGCUUCCCGUCGUGGUCCUCUUGCUCUAGUUGUCGCUGCGCAGGAUCCCCACUCUUCUCCCGACUCCUCUAGAGCAUGGGGCUCCCUGGGACUGAAGCUCCAGGCGGGGCCCCAUCCACCUUCCUACCCCGAGGGCCCCUGGGGCUGAGACGCGCCUGCCAGCCAGCUCCCCAGAGAGGCGGGUGCUGCCAUUCAGGCGUCUUCCUUGUCGGAGCCGUUCCACAGAGACGUGCUGUGUGGCCUGGAGGCGACCCCUGCCCAUUCCAAGCCUCAGGUUCCCGUGGGUGAGAGACCCUUCCAGCAUGGCCCUGCCUCCUGCUUUCCGCCUGCACCGCGCCAGCCUGCGCCAGCCUGCGCCGGGCAGCAGGGGGCAGCAGGGACCGGGACAUGCAGGCCGUGGCCUCACCACAGCCCCGAAGCUCGAAGCUCCCGGUUAGGAGCUGCCCUUUGUCUGAACAUCUGUCUGGCUCCGCGCCCGGAAGCCACCAGCCCCCGAGCGAGAAGCUUCCCCCCCACUGGGCCCUGAGUUGUUCCCUGCCGGUGCCAGCUCUGACAUCACCCCGCAAACUUGCCACCCUGGCUCCUACCCAACCACACGGCACCUCUGACCCAGCCCUGAGCUCCGAGUCACCCCAAAACGCGGCCUGUGGUGCUGCCGCCGGUGGAACCUGUGGUGGGAACAGGUACCAUCCCUGCUGGCCUAGGAGUGACCCCGGGUCCAGCGGGGUGGACGGCGGGUGGAGGCCUGGAAGGACCCAGAUGCUGAGCUUCAGCGGCGGGUUCAGCUCCAGGAGGUCGACGCCCCGGGCUGAUGCUGUUGUCAGGCGGGGCUGCCCCAAGCGGCAACAUUGCAAACUCAAGUGCCAGGACCCAGGCCGGAGCGCAGCUCUCUCCCGAUCGCGGGGCGGUUGGCGCAGAUACUCCGCACACCGACCAUCUCCUCCGUCUGAAAGGCCUGCGGUUAGAGGACGUGGCUACCGAGCAUUUCAGAGUCUGAUGGCUGUUUCAGUGCAGCAGCGGCGGCCUGUCCUGAGCACCUCACUGUCCCUGUUGUCACACACCCGGGGCCCAGCGCCUCUGCGGACGCCCUCGGUGCUGCCCAGCCACCUGGACCAUCAGCUCCCCCUCAGGUCCUGGCGCACAAAGCGGAUGGGAGCGCCCGGCGGUGGAGGAGAAGGAGCUGAAGCUGGGACGGCUGUCAGCGCCCCGGCCGGAGCCCCGCGCGUCCAGGGCGCAUCGUCCCCCUGUUGACUGGGCCGCCUCCGCCCCAACAAAACGGCCCCGGGACUGAAGAGCCGCGCAGCGGGCACCGUGGCUGGCGCAUCCGAAGAGCCAAGGCCGCUGGGCCCUGACGGUGGGCAGAGACCAGGGCGCCGGCAGCCCAGGCGGGGGAUGGGGCCCUCGUGCGCCAGGCCGAGAACUGUUAGAAGACAAGGCGCCAGGGCGGCCCGAGAACAGACGUCUCCAGGAGUAUUUACUGCGCCUUCAUGAGGAGAAUUUCCAGGCUGCCCCUUGAAGCAAUGACGUUGGACUUGGAGCAAAUGGAAACAUUGUGAAAUUGCUUAUUUUCUUCCAAAAUCUGUAUUUUCUUCCUUGCUUCCUGUUCAGUCAGGCCCACUCAUUAGCAGCCAUGUCUUUGCGUUAUGCUCAGCCCAAGUUUUGCUCCGUGACCAUAUUCCAAAUUAAACUUUUAUGUUUCCAGGAAAA